ACUCGAAUUAUUUGUCUUUCUUAAGUUCUCCGAGCUAUCGUCCUUGUCGACAUGCCGAAGGAAAAUAGGAAACGAGGGAAGAAGCAUAAGAAAACGCAGGAACAUAGCCAACCUUCCCGCGACACAAAUUACGACUCCCAAAAUUCCGAGCAUCACAAUCGGCCGUCAUGGAUAGUCCCUACACAAGAAUCGGAAGAGGCCCAUCCAGAGGCACCAUUCGGUUAUGUAGACCCCGACAUAAAGGCAUAUUUCAGAACUGUCGAUGACCAAAUUCGAACUUGGCAGCAGGAGAGACCUUAUGAGGAGGACCAAACCCCAGACCUCGAUCCGAAUGAAGCAAGGCGGAUAUUCCUGGUUGCCGCACUUACUGAAAUGUCUGGAAAAGAGAAACAACUGGCGACCGAUCCAGAUUGUUCUGUUAUUCUGGAGCGCAUGGCCCACUCCAUGGAUGACUUUGUUCGAAGGGUGCUUUUGGAUAGUUUGAGCGGCUCAUACGAGGCGCUCAUUAAACAUCGUUUUGCUUCGCAUGUCUGUCAAACACUGUUCAUAACCAAGGGCAUAUAUCCGUCUGUUGCCGAUUCCAAAGACAAGGGUGAGCUGCGGACUCUGACACGCCUCAUCUUAGACAUAUGCGAGGAACUUACACCGGCCUUCACGACCCUUGUAAUGGACCCUUAUGCCUCACAUGUUCUCCGUGCUCUGCUACUCUUGUUAUCGCCUUCAAGUUCUUCUACAAGUCAUAAAGCAGAGUCAAACGUGCGGUCGAAGAAGAGCAGCGCGUGGAAGGCCCGUCAGGGUACCAUGAAGUCUGUAUUUGCUGAAAAUAAGAGCCAUGAGCAUGUCGAUUCAACUCGAUCGGUGCCGAAGGAAUUCCACGAUGCUGCUGCGAGGUUUAUACGCACCUUGAAGAGCGAACUCAGCGACAACGAGGUCCGAGCAUUGGCUGCUAAUAAAGUGGCCAGUCCAUUACUUCAGCUUAUCCUUGAGGUUGAAGCCGAUCAUGUUCCCGGUCACAAUCUAUCAGUGCCAGACGAAAACUGCGAUGAAGAACCGGAAGCAUCUGACUACCUUGUCACGCUUCUUCGAGACCCGACUUCCUCUCAUUUGCUGGAAACAAUGGUUUCCCGUUGCCCUGAUCCUGCGUUUACGAUCCUCUGGACGACUUACUUCCAGGGGAAGCUUGCGAGGCUGGCUACACAUCCCGUAGCUAACUUCGUGGUAGCUAAAGCUGCAGAGAGGUUAAAUCCAGCGCAGUUGGAAGCUGCUCUUGAUGAGCUUAAUACCUCGUGGAAUAAGGUCAUUGGAACGGCACGAACUGGGGUGUUACGUGCCAUGAUCGAUAGAGCAUGCACUCUUCGCGUCCACGAAAAUGAUAUCUGCCAGGCUGUGUGUGAUGCGUUUGAGCUAGUUGAACCAAGAGAUCGCAAUCGCCUCGUGUCUUGUGUAUUAGUUCUAAAGCCUCUUCGGGAAUACAUGGCAACAGGGUCUACAAAACACGGCUCGGAAGAUCCGCAGAAGAACUCGAAAAAAGGAAAUAUGGAUACUUCAAAGGAACCGAAAGUCCAGGGUGCUUUGAUACUGCAAAGUUUGCUUCGACUCAGUGAGCCGCAUUGUAUGAUUGUUACCGAGAGCAUCACGUCCCUCCCCACAGAAGAUCUGAUCUCGUUAUCUCACAAUCCGAUAAGCUCUAGGGUUAUAGACGUACUCUUUGAGUCGGAAACUCGCGCUUUCGUCAUGUCUCUCAUCGGUCAUUACCACACACUGGUUGAUGACCGAAUAGGAAGCAGAGUCGGCGAUAGGUGUUGGGCUUUCGCCGAUACAUAUCUAAGAGAGAAAAUUGCGCGCUCUCUCAUAGUGCACGAGCAAUUUCUUGUAGCGUCUUAUUUCGGAAAAUUCUUCGCUCGAAACAUCAACUUAUAUCUUCUACAACGACGACCAGAAGAGUGGAGAGAAUUGCAAUCACAGAGUAAAUCAAGCUCUGGAUCAAUUUCAUCCCCUUCCGUUGUUCCUUCAGCGCCCUCUGCGACAGUGCAGAGGCCCAGCUCUGAGGACGCCGAAGUCUCUCAUCCAUCCAAGGCAUCCAAGAAACGACGAACCCGGCCUGAAGACGAGAUCGACGCCGUUUUCAACACGAGUUUGGGAGUAAAAAUCAAGCGAACUGCCUCGCUGCAAAAAUCAAUGGAUCAAGGUCUACAGGAUAUUCUAGGAGCAAUCCGAGCAGUUCCAAGUGACGAUAGUGGCCGUGGGAAGAGGCAGAGGAAAUAUUGAAUGUAGCUCUAUUCCAAACCGCUUGCUCUUUCCCGUCAUUACCGUUCGGAUCUCUGUAUUUCAUUCUGGAAAGAAAAUAAAUCGAUAGCGAUCCCGUACCUGUCCUCGGGAAUCGGGACGUUCCCUACGUUGUUCGUCUAACUUGC